AUGCGCUUCUCUAUGUACGGGUCUCUGAUGGCGCUGGCCGCCACGCUGGUCUCAGCUGCUCCUCUCACCCCAACCCCCUCCCGCACUCUGGAAAGAAGAGGUGGAUCAUCCUGUACCUUCACCUCCGCUGCAAGUGCUUCUGCUAGUGCUGGUGAUUGUUCUGUUGUCACUCUACGGAACAUUGCAGUCCCUGCUGGUGAAAGCUUGGAGUUAAAUAAUCUAAAGGCAGGGACUCAGGUCGUCUUCCAAGGAGAAACAACCUUUGGCUACAAAGAAUGGAAGGGCCCCCUAAUCCGCAUCCAAGGCGACAGCAUCACCGUCCGCGGUGACCCGGGCCACGUUAUCAACGGCGGUGGCGAGCAAUGGUGGGAUGGCAAAGGUAGCAAUAGCGGCAAGACCAAGCCCAAGUUCUUCUAUGCGCAUGGCUUGGAUAAUUCCAUCAUCUCGGGCCUCUAUGUCAAGAAUACGCCCGUGCAAGCUUUUAGUAUCCAGUCGAAGAAUCUCGUGUUGGAUCAUAUAACUAUUGAUAAUUCCGAGGGCGAUAGGAAGAAUGGCGGGCAUAAUACGGAUGCUUUUGACGUGGGGGAGUCCGUGGGGAUUACAAUUCAGCACGCGAAUGUGAAGAAUCAGGAUGAUUGUCUUGCUGUCAAUAGUGGAGAGAACAUCAUUUUCACAGACGGCACCUGCUCUGGCGGCCAUGGUCUCUCGAUUGGCUCUGUUGGAGGCCGCGACGACAACACCGUCAAAAAUGUCACCAUCUCCAACUCCGUCGUGGCCAACUCGGCCAAUGGCCUGCGAAUCAAGACCGUCGCCGGCGCAACUGGUUCGGUCGACCAGGUCAACUAUUCGAACAUCACCCUAUCCAACAUCUCGGACUACGGCAUCGUCAUCGAGCAGGACUACGAGAAUGGCGGGCCGACGGGCAAGCCGACGACAGGAGUGCCUAUUACCGGUGUUUCUGUGGACGGGGUGCAUGGGUCUGUGGAUGAGGACGCACAAGGUAUCUAUGUGUUAUGUGGAGAUGGAAGCUGUUCCGGUUGGACGUGGAAAGGCGUUGAUAUUGCUGGGGGGAAGAAGGGGAGCUGCAUUAAUACUCCUUCUGGGGUUACUUGUUAA